AUGUCGGGCCUGUUCAGUUUCCUCAAGCGCAUUCGCAAUAUCAACAGCCCGCCCAAUGUGCCCGCAAAGAACGCCGACGCCCUGCGUUUCGGUAUCCUCGGUGCCGCACGCAUUGCGCCUAAUGCUCUUAUUAUCCCCGCCAUAAGUCACCCCGACGUGGUUGUGCUCGCUGUUGCAUCCCGCGACGCGUCCAAGGCUUCCGCAUACGCAAAGAAGCAUCGUAUUUCCAAGGUUUACUCAGGAGAUGAUUGCUAUCAAGCCGUCCUCGACGACCCUGACAUCGAUGUCGUGUACAUUCCGCUCCCUAAUGGCUUGCAUUACGAGUGGACAAUGCGUGCUCUCAGCAGCGGCAAACAUGUGCUCGUUGAGAAGCCCAUGGCAGACACGCCGCAGGAAGCACAACAGAUGAUCGAGCUCGCGGCGAGCAAGAACCUUGUCCUGCUCGAAGCCAUCCACUACACAUUCCAUCCGGCGACACACCGGGUCAAGGAACUUCUUGACAGCGGCGAGCUCGGCAAGAUUACAGGCAUUCGCGCUGACUUUGCUGUACCUGACGCACCGCAUGGUAUUUUCUUCCUCAAGGACGACGUACGGUUCAAGUACGACCUCGGCGGCGGCGCCACGAUGGAUAUGGGCGUAUACCCGCUGUCUGCCGUGCGCUUCUUCACCGCGAGUGAGCCCGUCAAGGUCUCGAGCGCACGCGCCGUGGGUCACGCGGCGGACCCAGCGCGCAUCGAUCGUGAGAUGACCGCACGGCUCAUGCUCCAGUCCUCUAUUGAGGCGGAAACGUACGCGGACUUUGGGAUGAGCGGAUGGGGACCGUUUCACAUCUUCCCGCGCUUGCUUAAGGCGAGUGUGCAUGUCGAAUGCGAGCGCGGCGCGCUUGAAUACUUCAACUACCCGCUCGCGCACGUCUUCCACAGCAUCAAGAUCAAGCCGCAGGGCGGGAAGGAGCGUGUGGAGAAAGCAUACCGGUUCGCGGACGGUCGCGGGCAGGACUGGUGGUCGUCGUACCGGUACCAGCUUGAGGCGUUCGUAGAGCAGGUGCGCGGGCGCGCGCCGCACUAUUGGCCGGAGGCAGAUGACCCGGUAAGGCAACUACAGUGGGUUGAGGGCAUCUACGCCGCAGCCGACAUGCCUGCUCGGCCUGCGUCUGAGUUAUACAGCCCAUCGCAUGAUUUCGCCGUUUGAUAGUCUUUCUGUCGCCUUCUCAUUCUUACUGAAUUGCGGACCUAUUGGUACUGUCAGUGUUGUAUGGGUUCAGUCUGACGUUUGUGUGUUCU